AUGUCCUCGAACCUCAAACCCCUGAUCCUCCACGCCCACACCACCGGCCCAAACCCCAUAAAAAUCGCCAUCGCCCUCGAAAAGCUUUCCCUCCCCUACACCAUCAAACUCUGGGAGUUUGGCGACAAUCCCGAAAACGGCUUGAAAGGUACAAAAUUCUUAGCCAUUAACGAAAAUGGACGUGUUCCUGCGCUUGAAGACCCUAACUCUGGAGUUGUUUCUUGGGAGUCUGGAGCUGUGAUGAACUAUAUCAGAAGAAAGUAUGAUAAAGAGAAUCAGUUGGGGCCAAAAGGAAAGACAGAGCAAGAUAUUGUGGAUUUUGAAAAGUGGGAGUACUUUUUGCUUACGACGGUGGGGCCUAUGACUGGGCAGACGAAUUGGUAUAGACAUUACAAUGAGGUCAAGAAUGAGGAUGCUCUGAACCGCUAUGCCGCGCAGACAUACCGCUGCUACCAGGUUCUCGAGGGCCAGCUCAAGAAGACUAAUGGUGAGAGUAUCUUGCCUGGUGGAUAUACGGCUGUGGAUGCACACUUUGAGCCUUGGAUCCGUCAACAUGCUUACGCUCAGUUGAGUCUUGAUGAAUACCCCAUGGUGUCGAAGUGGCUGAAGAAGUACGGAGAGACGGAGGAGGUCAAGGCUGCAUACAAGAAGAUCCAAGACGCGGCUUCGUAA